UGAUAUGCCAAGAAUUGUCCCCUCCACCCAUAGUUGUGUUCCACUCCUUGAAGUUCUACAAAUUUACAUCGUCGAAGUAUUCGCCUUCAAAUAAGGCUUCGUUCUGUUAUCUAAAAUUGCUUUUGCAGAUUUCAAGAUAUGGCCAAACCUGGGGAUGCUGACAAACAGUAUAAGUUGGUUGUGGUCGGAGGUGGAGGAGUCGGUAAAUCUGCGUUAACGAUUCAGUUUAUUCAAUCUCAUUUUGUCAGUGACUAUGAUCCUACGAUCGAAGACAGCUAUCGUAAACAGUGUGUCAUCGACGAAAAAGUCGCUCAUUUAGACAGUAAGUGAAGCUUUUGUGUUGUUUUUCACUGAAAUCAUCCACAGAAAAAACAGCGUGAUCACACUGAUCGCACGGGUUGAUCUUGGGGAGUGUCAGCGUUCGAGUCACUACACGGCCCAGGAAAAUCGAAGAAUAUGUGCAGUCUAAUAUCCUUGCAAUUCAUUUUCAGCAUUUUUGGGAACAUAUGUGAUCUCUAUUUGUACAUGAAUUUGUUUUUCCACCUAUUUUGACACACACGAAGAGAUACAAAAGUAUUUUAGAUUUGGAACAGAAGCGUCGUUGAGGAUUCCGGAUAGAUUUACCAUGGAAAUAAUAGCCUCAAUUUCACACUUUCGUGUUUGGGAAUGGGAGCAAAUAUUCUGACGGGGACUCGAUGGACAGAGACCACAACAAUGUCUUUUAAAAGAAAAUUACAGUUGUAUUAAUUCUUUCUGAAGACUUCCUUCGACCGCAAAAAUAAAACGUCAUUUUGGCCAAAGUAGGGAACAGAAGAAAUGCUAGCGAUUCACUUUUGGAAAAUAAACAUAUGGCUGCUUACUUUGACGGAACCAUCCUGUUUAUAAGAAUGCGAUGGCUCCAUGACCUUUAGCAAAAAGACAAUCUCCAUUGAGAGCCUAAAAUAAAUUUCUCUCCAUGGGAAAAGUUUUACAUCAGGUGCAAACUUUAGAUUGUUACGGUUUAAAAUCGAAAGAAAAAAAACUGGAACGAGAUUUUUCUGAUCGGAUACUUGUGUAAAAUGUUGGCUUUUAAUGAGAUUUGUUUGAAAGAAAUGGUCUUCUCUGAUCUUUAUCUCCGAGACAAAGGAAGGCAUACUUUAUUUCUAUGAAUAUCUGCUUUUACAACUGAAAUAACACUUUGUAAUUAUUGAGAUACAACCCCAAUGUACACUGUAAAAUCCUACCUUCAAGGGUAUCACAUUUCGCGAAGAAAAUCUAGGUUACCUUUAUUGUGUUAGUUUUUUUUUAUUGAAAUUGGUUAUUCUCUUGCAUCAAUUAAUUAGGUGAAUCUAGCAAAGAAAUAUUUUUGUUCUUAUUCAAAAUAAUUUUAAGAAAUUACUUGAAAUAUUUUCAUAUUUGUUACUUAAUUGCUAUACCUUCCCCAUCAAAUAACAAGUUUUAGUGGUAGACAGAACCAUUAAUCAAUAUAUUAAAUGCUUAUGAUGUUUUAGGCAAAAUAAUACUGGAACAUUUUAUUAGGAAAUCUAUCUUGCUGUGAGUUCCUGCCCAUUACUCAGACUUGAUAUGAUUUUUAUUGACAUCAAUCAGAUGUUUUAGCAUAUUUUUCUUUCCUGUCAUUUAAAAUUUUGACUGAUACAAACCCUUUAAAUGUUCUUUCUGAAUUCCCCCCUUUGACUUACUAUUGUUUCAAUGAAAAUGAAAUCAUUUUAUUGAUACAUUAUCUAUUUAAAAAAGUUAUUUGCAGCCUAGAAGCUUUCUUAGGUUUCCUUCAAUUUUUAAUUUCAUUUUUAUUAUUACUAUUCAUGGGAAGUUCAAACUAGCAGGGUUCUGUUAUACCAGUAAAACACCUUUGGUGCACUGAAUGUUUACUGGAAAAAAACAGGCAUGACAAGCAUGUGAUUUUACCUUUGUCAACAAAAUGAAGUUUUUUUUAAGCUGUUAUAACCCCCUUUUGUUAAUUGUUUCCUCUGCAGUUCUUGAUACAGCUGGUCAAGAGGUAAGAACUGAUUAAAUAAUAUUCUUCUCUGUAACAAUUUUUUCCUGUAGGUGGUAUAACAAUGCAUAUCAUUUUCUAUAUUGCUAUGGAUUAUUCUAUUAUUUCACACUACAAAUGGAAUGCAAAUGGAUAAUCUCUUCCACAUGAUGGCUCAGGCUGCAACAAAUAAUUCUUUUUUGAUAAACAAAUUUUUUACCUUGUGUACAAGUGAUAAACUUGUACAAAAACAUCAAACAUUAACAGGUUAAAUAAGUUAGUCUUCUAUGUUUCUCCUAUUAGGAAUUUAGUGCGAUGAGAGAACAAUACAUGCGGAAUGGUGAAGGAUUUUUAUUAGUUUUCUCAGUGAUAGAUCGUUCAAGGUUUGUAAUCAUAUAAACAUUGAAUGAAAAUUUUAUUUUCUUUUGUAUUAUUUUCCUCCCUUUUUAUUUUAUUCACCUUUUUUUUUUGUCUUUUUUUCUUUUCUUUUCUUUGUUUCCUUACAUCUUCAAGAAAGCAAAAGUAUUUACAGAUUUACAAUUUUAAUUUGGCAUUUUAUUAACAUGGAACUAGUUUUGAUUUUUCAUUUAAAAGACCCUUAAUAGGCUGGCUUUGAAAAUGUUGAAAUCUAUGGAAUCAGUUGUGCCCUUGUGUACUCCUCUUUUUCUGUGUGGCCUUAGCUUCUGGAGAUGCAUCAUCAGUAAUUGCCUUUUGUUUACCCAGGGUUGUUGAUAGAUUUUUUUUGGAGGAGUUAGGGAUUUGAUAUUAUGUUAUGAAUUAGCAGAAACUUCCACAGUGCAGAUAGUACUCAAGUACUCAAGGAGACCAAACAAACCAACUGACCUGCUCACUCCACUUGUAGGAAACCUCUGAUCUGUAUUUUUUAAAACUUUUUCAGCUUUGAAGAAGUAAAGCGCACAUUUCACCCACAAAUACUUCGUGUGAAAGACAGGUGUGUUGUGGAGCCUUCUUACUGUGGUCUCAGUGCAUUAAUGAAAUGAAUGUGUGAGGUCUGAUUCAUUUAUAUAUUUCUAACUGAUGACAUGUCACAUGUACUUUUUCAUUUAAAGUAAUAGAUUUGCAUUCUACUUUACAGUUUCAAAGCCAUAUUUACAACAGUCUUAACGGUUGAUCCCCUAAGAGUGACUAGCUUCUAACUUCUCCUUACAAUAUCACCCCUGAAUCAAAAAUUUGAGGUCAGGAGACUAAAGGAAUCUUAAGAAAUGUAUAAAGAGGGGUAUGGAGAAUUUGCAUACUGAUGUUAGGCUGUAAAAGGUUAAAGUCAUAGCUGACAGGGUUGUGUUUCUACUUAUAGUUUUCUCAAAUGUUUCUGUGUUGUUAUCCUUUUUGUAGGUCAGAGUUCCCAAUGAUUUUGGUUGGAAACAAGUCUGACUUAGAACCAGAAAGAACAGUAAGUCACCCAGAAAUAAAAGAUCAGUUAUGCAGUAAACAACUAGUUAUGAGCUGAAAGUCCUGAAUGGUAAAUACCUCUAGCAAUGAUACAUAAAUCUUUUAGUCUCUGAAAAUGUGGAUCCAUUAUAUACAAAGGGAAAUUUCCCACCAACCCAGGAAUUUGGUGGCACUGUCAUGCAGUGAGUGUAUAGCUAAUUAAUUCAAUGGUUGUCUGCACAAAAAAACCAGUAAUCCUUCUCCCCCCCCCUCCCUCCCUUCCAGUGCCAUAACCCAUUCUCAUCCACUACAUCAUCUCUCAUAAAGAUUUCUGUUCACCAUCUACACUUUUGGAAAGAGGUGCAGUAGGGUGAGGUACCUUACUAUAGGAAAUAAAACAAUGAUUCAGGUCGGGCUAAAACCUUCACCUUGUAACCAAUAGCCCAGAGUAUUGAUCAUAAGGGCACAGUGUCACUCAGGAAAAAAUUUAUAUUUAGCUAUGGAAGGGGCCAGGGAUACCUGUUAAAGGUUUAUCAGUGUUGAGAUACUUGUAAUUAAAGUCUUUUUGUAAUUUCAGGGCAAAGGAUAGACAUCUUAAGGGGGUAUCAUGCAUUUACUUAAUAAGGAAACAGAAUCUAGAUACCCUGUUACACUGUUUCCAUAGCAAGAAGCUGUUCCUUUUCCAUUCUAAUGCAGAACACAGUGUAAAAUCAAUUAAGUCUACUUUAAAGUACCUAAGGCACUUAUCCUUUUGUUUACUUAACCUUGUUUAGGUGUCAACAUCUGAAGGCCAGGAGUUGGCUAGUGAACUCAAGGUAUGCAUUUAUCGAGGCUGCUAUCCAAUAACACUCCUGAGAAAUAAUGGUUUUGGAGCCAAGGAGGUCUAUUUUGUUAUUGGCUGAUGAUGAAAAACUUGAAGAAAAAUCAGCUCUCUCAAUCCUAAUUUCAAUUUUCUGCUUGGUCUGACUGUCUUUUCUUAUAGUUUUAGCUUUUAGAAUGUAGUAUUAACCCUCUAACUCCCAUGAGUGACCAAGACAGAAUUUCUCCUUACAGUAACAAUAGAACAUCAGCCACAUAAGUGAUGAGAAUGAAGAAAAAUAUUAAUUUGGGGAUAAUUAGUUGAUCCAAUACUAAAUUCUCUGAACUAACACUAUAAGAACUGUAUGGUUGACAGUAAGGAGAACGACAAAUUUUAUCUGGGAGUUAAAGGGUUAAGGCAUGAACUAUUGCAACUUUCUGGAUGACAUUUAUAUAAAUGCAUUACUUAUAAUGGAGAUAAAGCUAUGAAUCUAAUUUUGAUUUAUGUAAGGCCAGUAUGGCAGGACUUCUUAACUUUACUUCACUUGUUGAUAGCCAACCAUUAAUUUUUUCUCAGAUUGAGUAUAUAGAAACCAGUGCUAAACAAAGAACCAAUGUUGAUGCAGCAUUUCACAACCUUGUAAGAGCUAUCAGGUACCAUGCAGUAUUUUGCCUUUUUUUUAGUGUUAUUGUGGGCUGUUGUUUUUCUAUAUUAUUUUAGACCAAAGGGUAGCUAUUGUUCAGGUUGUGUUGAAGUGAAGUUCUUUUAAUGGCCAAUCAUAACAACCUGACACAGGCCUGGAUCCAGUUGAUUUAUUUGUAACUGGAAAGAGGGGAUUAACAGAAAAUGGGGAUGAAAGUAAAACUACAGCAUUUAUACCAACAAAACAUUAAUGUCCACCAAAAGAAUUCUAUUACAAAAGAAAAGAAAAUAAGAUCCCAGAAAACAGAUUAUUAAAUUCAAUGUCUUGUUAAAGUGGCAUUGUGGUAAUUUUGCGUGACAGCCGGUUUGCAAAGUCUUGAAUUUGAGUGCUGGCUGCCUCAAUAUGCUGUAUUCUUAGGCAAGACACUUAAAACACUCACCCUACAAUUCUCUACUAAAGAAUAUAAAGGGGUACCAGAGAACGGUCAGAUAAAUGGGCUUUAUUAUGGGGAGUUAACAUGUGAUAGUUGAGGAUAUCAUUCAGAAGUCAUAGCUAUAGUCCUUGUCUGUAAAUCUUUCACUCUGUGGAGUGAUCAUAACUUAUAUUCUUUUUACAAAUGAUCAUAUCCAGUGGACAGACGAUGAAAAUUGAGAAAAUUGUUAUCUAAGGAUUAUGGCCUUCAUUAAACGCCAACCUCCUAGAAACAGCCAGAAGAAAGAAAUAUAUGAUAAUAAGUCAGGGAAUUUUCUCCUUUAGCCAGGCAGUGAAAGAUUGAAUGUUAAAGAAUCCAAAGCUCAUGCAGGAUGAGCUUAUGUUCUUGGAUCAGAAAUCAUUAUUUGUUCUGUUUCUUUUUAUAGAAAAUUUUAUGCACAGUUGGAAGAACAACAAAAGAGGAACAAUCCCAGGAAGAAAAGUAGAUGUUUAAUUUUGUGACCCUCUUGAUUUAGGACGUUAUAUUUGUUUCAAAAUCUUUAUGUUAGAGCAUGAGAUGAUUGAAUAGUUGUCAAAUUUCUGAACAAGGCUGCGUGCUUGUUCAGGAGGAGAGAAACACUAUAGAAGAACUAUGUUUCAAGUUAUUUUUGUACAAAUUAUGUAUGUGGCGUUGGGCUAAAUUAAUGCAUACAGGACGGCUUCUUAACAAAUUACUUUUUUCAGUGUGGAGAGUGAAAGAUGAGAGAAACUUGUGUGAAUUCCUUGUUGUAAAAAGUCUGGUACAGACAAACCCAGACUAUGCAAAUAGUUGUAUGAAUUCGUGAUAUGAUAACCCAAUUGCUAACAAGCCAUGACUAACCUCUAAGAGUGAUAAACAUCUAAUUUCUCAGAAGAGUAUUUCCCCAGAAUCACACAUCAAGGUCAUGAGAAUAAAGGAAAUGAUAGCAAACUCAAGAAGCUUUUGAUUGUUAGGCUAAUUCUCCCUGUAAGCACCAUCGGAAAUGUGUGAGGAACGGUAUCAAGAAGUUGCAUACUGAUGUUGGGGUGUAAAGUGUUAAGAAAGCUGUGGGUAGAUGCUCAAACAAGAUUCGCGUCUCUCUUUUUUUACCGUGUAUUCUAUACUUAAUGUUAUUAAUGACAAAAUUGUAGUCUAAAAGCUUUUAACCCAAUAUCUAAACAUAUUUAUCACGAGAUAACAAUAUUUUUUCUUGCUACUUUUAUAUUUUUUUCUAAUUACAUAAAUGUGCUGAAGUGAAUUUCCCGGAGCAAUGUAUGUUGACACCGCGAAAGAGUUUUUGCCAUUUUUUUGUUUAAAUCUAAUAAUAAAGUUACCAUUCCACAAUUUAGUUGAGGUUUCUAGUUUUAACGCUGGCCCGUCGUGCCAAUGACGAACUCAAAAUGCAUAUACGCAGGAAGAGGCUACGACAAUUUUGUGAGGAAAACUAACCUGCAACCACUCAGAACGCUGAAGAUUAUCAAGAAGUCUUUUCAGUAUUGGAGAAAUCGCUUCGGAAGGGCUGCCUGCCGUCCUUACCCACGUCUAAGAACGAAUUUAAAAAUUAGCGAUCUGAAGGGGAAUAAGCUAAAAUCCAUGAAACUUAUAAUGAAUGUUGAAUAACUUGGGUAAAAGUUGUACUUUAACAUUAGAAAUAGUACAAACGAUAUAUUUUAUAGAUCUUUCCAGUAAUAUGAUAAAUUAAUUCAUUGCGACAAUCAUUUAAUCGUUUUUUCUCGUCAUGAAUUACAGACAAGACAAUCCGGCUUAAGCUGCUUACCAGUGGUCUGAGCUGGCCAAGCUUUCGGUCUGAAUGAAUAAGUGAAUGAAUAAGCUUUCUCUUUCUUCCGUGAUCAUAGAUAGAGAAUAUUACAUGCCAGCGCGUGGAUACGAAUUUUAUCUUCGAGUGUUUAACUCGAUAUCUCACAAGUGAGCAAAGCGAAUGAGUGAGAUAUCCAGUUGAACACGAGGAGAUAAAAUUCGUAUCCACAAGCGGGUAUGUAAUAUUCUGUGUAUUAUAUAGACAACGAUGCGAUACCAGGAAAACGAUUUCUUGGACUAUUGGUAGAAGCUGAAGGAACUAUGACAACUGUGUUAUCUUCACAUGUGAAAGAUAGAAAUUGUAUCUUCAUUGAUUACCAACUUUUCGUCACUCGAAAAAUCCUGGUAUGUCAUCUGUGUUUUUAUAAUAAGGUUCCCUCUCUUUUGGAGAGCAUUUCACAAGGUUAACGAACACAACUUGAAAAUCAACUGAUGUGGCUGGACAUUUUUGAUUGAUAACGGAAAUCUAAAGAUAGGUCGGUUCUAACGAUUUGAUAGCGUAGCAUUGAAACAACUUGUGCCUUGA